UUUUAAAAAAGAAAACGUAACAGUAAAGGGAGGACAUUUUCUAGGGCAUCAUGACUGACCUCAAGCUAACUGUGGCCUUGACCAGCGUGAAUGGAGAGAACAUGUCGCGCCACGACAUGCUCCAGUGGGUCAACGACAUGGUCCAGGGUCAGUUCAAGAAGAUCGAGGAGCUCUGUUCAGGAUCCGCCUACUGUCAGAUGAUGGAGAUGAUCUUCCCCAACUGCAUCAACUUAAAACGCGUCAAGAUGAGCGCCAAGCUGGAGCACGAGUAUCUGCACAACCUGAAACUGUUCCAGGGAGCCUUUAACCGCCUGAAACUGGACAAAACCGUGCCCAUAGACCGCCUGAUCAAGGGACGCUUCCAGGACAACUUUGAGUUUCUGCAGUGGUUCAAGAAGUUCUUCGACUCCCAAGCUCCUGGUCUCGAGAACAUCAAGUCCAUGGCCAAUGCGCCCGUGGCAAAGCCCAUCAAGCCACGAGUCUUUGCCAAGGCGGAGGAGCCACUGGCUGUUAAGGAACCAACCACCCCAGAGCACGAGGCAGAGGACGACAACAACAAGGCACUCAAGGAGCUCAUGGAGGAGCGGCAGACAAUGAACCUAAAGAGUGAUAGAAUGGUAGAGGAGCGCGAUCAGUGCUACAACAAGCUGCGUCUGAUCGAGGACCUUUUAGACGACAUGAUCAACAACAACCAGGAGGUGGAGUUCUGCAAGCGUGUCCAGGUUGUCCUCUACAAGACAAUGGAUAGUCAGAACCAGGAGGAAGUUGGCGAGCCUAAAGAGGAGGUCCCCAAUGAGGGAUUGUAUUAGGAUUUUCGUCCCAAGCAUGUUGUUUGUUAUUCUUAAUUUAUUGUCUAAAAAAUAAAUAAAUCUAUGGCGAAUUCAA